ACACAGCAGGGUUUAUGUUGUUAGAGGAGCGGCAGAGAGGCUCACAGCAGGGCUGAGUCUGAUCGUUCUUUACGGGCUGAUGGAUUAUCGGUCGGUUCGACUCCUCUGAACGGAAUAUUUGGGCUCUGUUCGGUCAGGUGACAGGAAGCUGUGCAUGUAUGGCUGAUGGACAGGUGUCCGAACCAAUCACAGGACAAUGCUGGCACGGAGCCGUUUCAUCGUGGUGCUGGUGGUGGGUGCGCUGCUGGCGGUGCUGAGUUUCAGCUUGCAGUAUUUGCACCUCAUUCCAACCAAUCCAGUGGCAGAGCAAAGGUCACUUGGAAAAAGCAGAAAGCGUGUGAAUCCAGUCCUCCAUACGGAUCCUCCCGCCCCUGACCCCAUCCGAGACACCCACCAGUACUGUAAUUACCCCAACCUCAGCGAGCACGGCUGGGAGGGUCACAGUCCGGCGGACUACAGGCUGCUGUCGGUCCAGGUGAUGAUUCGUCAUGGAGACCGUUUCCCUUUAUACUCCAUCCCAAAAACCAAGAAACCCGCCAUAGAUUGCACUCUAUCAGAGAAGAGAAAGCCCUCUCACCCCCUUUUGGCCGCCUUCAUUAGUCACAUGGCUCUCGGUGGGCGUGGUCACUGGGACGCAUCACUGGGAUCUCUGCCCCGAUUACCCAAUCACAACACCUGUGAAAUGGGAGAGCUUACACAGACAGGAGUCGUACAGCACUUGAAAAACGGCGAUCAUUUUCGCCAGGCCUACAUCAAGCGUCAAAAUCUGCUCACGGCUGAUUGGUCACCGCGGCAGUUGUGGGUGGAGACUACAGGUAAAAGCCGCACCCUCCAGAGUGGAUUGGCCUUCCUCUUCGGCUUCCUCCCACAUUUCGAUUGGUCGCGUCUGACGGUUAGACAGCAGUGGAGUACGCUUUUCUGCGGUUCCUCGUGCGACUGUCCCACGCGCAACCGGUACCUGGACCAGGAGCAGCGCAGGCAGUAUCACCAGAGGACUGCCGACACUGAACUCGAACGCACGUAUGUCACCAUGGCCAAGACGUUGGGCGUGGCCACAAAAACUCUGAGGGCGGCCAAUCCCGUGGAUGCUUUGUUGUGUCACUUUUGCCACGGUCUUCCCUUUCCGUGCUCCAGCACGCAGACUACAUCACAUGUUUCGGAUGAGGGGGCGUGUCUUACACUACAGCACUUUGCUGUGAUUCGACGGCAGCAGAAAGACGACGAACUGGAGCGGCGGGAGGCGGGGCUUUAUCGUCGCUAUGCUGUGCUCGCGGCUCAUCCGUACCUCAACCGCACCGCAGCGCGACUGGAGAAGAUCGCCAGAGGAAGCCAGACGCGCAAAGGCACAGAAGAGGCGGCCUUCGCUUUAGCAUCUGCUCAUGACGUGACCAUGGCGCCGUUGCUAAGCGCGCUCGGUCUGGAAGGGGCGGGAUUUCCACGGUUUGCGGCCCGCUUAGUGUUUGAGCUGUGGAGUAGCCCCAAAGCGAAAGACCAAGAAAGAAAGAAUGAAAGGAAACGUGGAAAGUGGUUGGACGAUAUGUUUAUUCGCGUUCUUUAUAACGGAGAGGACUUGACCUUUGACACCGCUUUCUGCCGUGACCACAAUCGACACUCUGCUCAGCCACUGUGCCCUCUGGGUAAUUUCCUGUCGUUUGUGAGGAAGGAUAUGUUCAAUAUUGUUAACGCUACGAGUUACCAGCAGGCCUGCCGCCAAAUUGUACUGUAAUAUAUGAACA